AUGGCAGCGGUCAAUUGCUUGAAUGAAAUCAUUUCAAUAUUUCUUCAAUUGAAUGUAAUUGAACUCAGUGAUCAUGAAUUGAACAUCGCUAUCAAAGGACAUGGCAAGACUUUUUCAGUUGUAGAAAUACGCCGUGCUGUACAAUUAUUAGGCUCAUCGCUCUUUCAUUUUGAAUCUAGUCAAGAGGGUCUAUUUCUUAUUCGAGUAGAGCCUACAAUUGGUGUAUGUAAAACUUUUCUUACCGGUAAAUGUGCUCCCAAAAUGGGAGAAUGCAGUCAACUGCACAUAUGUCCUCGUUUUGGCCAUUGUAACGUAAAAGGCUGUAACUUUCCACAUCAUUUUAAUUCUGGAAACAAUCGGCGUAUUGUUGAACAAUCGCAUUGUCAAACAGUUAAUCCAUUAUUACUCAUUCGUCUUAUUCGACAUCAUGAAGAAUUUUCGCAUAGAUCAUCUCAAGCUAGAGCUGCUUCUUCUGUUAUUUCAAAAGCACCAGAUAUAAGACCACCAUCAUCAUCAUCAUCGGUACAACCGAAAUCUGCUCAACAAGUAUUUAAGCCAAGUAGGCGUACUCGUCGAAGACGAACACAUGGAGAAGGUAACAACACGAACGCUGUUGAUGCAGAUAGUAACAGUGCGUCAGCACCUGUAUCUUCACUGUUGGAGGCAAAUCAUCAAAUUGAUAUAAGUUUUCCAUCGAUUUGUGGUGCCCGUCAGAUUUUGAUGGAAGAUAUUGUUGGAUUGUUAAGACUACAAGGCUUUCCUGUCCAGAAAACGUUGAAUUUUCAAGAAAAUCAAUAUUUUCACCAAUGUACACUUCAAUUUCAGGACGACAAAGCCGUCGAUAAUUUACUGUCAAUAUCACGUAUUCUAUAUAAAGAUAUUUUAUUGAAAUUUAAAAGAACCAAUACUGUGUUCGAUCAAAAAAGUUUCAUACUGCAAUCGAAAAUCGAUUUGAAACGAGGUGCAAUAACAAUAGAAAAGUUUUCAAUUUAUGUUAAUAUCUUAAUUAAAAAUUAUUCAUACCAAAUAACUGAUCUUUCAUCAUCGUCGGAACAGAUUCUACUAAUCGAAUGUAAUAAUACCUUUGACUUUAGUCAACUCUACAGUCAACAAAAAGGUAGACGGCAAUUACAAGGAAACAAUAUUUCGCUGAAACAAAUAUAUGAGAUAGAAACGGUAUGUAUUGAAUCUACUAGCAAUCCACUGUCGAUUGAAAUUAUUAAAACCAUGAUCCAGCCAGUUCUUGAUGAUGUCUUUAUAUUUACACUUCUAUCGAAUCGAACAGCACUGAUAGAAUUUAUCCAUGCUGAUAGUCUCAAAAAGUGGUUAUCAGCUAAAGAUGCAACACAACAAAAAUUCGGUGUUAAAAUCGCACCCAACGUUAAAUAUGUCAAUGGUGAUAAUUUGAUGCAUAAUAGUAACGCUAUGGCCUGUACUGUAAGUCGUGAAGUACCGCAAAGACCAGAUCAAAACAGCGUACUUUCACAAAUGGUGAUCUUUCUUGGUCGACCCAAGGCAGCUGUUGCUAAUCAUCCACAGUUCAGCAUUCAAUACAAAAAUUACAUACGAUCUGAACUUGGAAUAGAGAUUAAAGUUAAAGGCAAACGCAUCGAUAUUAAUCGUAAAUCCAUGACAGAUGUGGUAGCCAAAGAAAAUGCUGUUUCUCUUCUCAGGAAGAGUACUCAAAAUUUUAUGAAUGAAUUCGCUUUUCGCCGAAUUAGCUUGGAGCGAGUAGACGAACAACUCAAUAUUCUUCGUGAAAAUUCAACUAUGGCUGCAUUCUAUCAGGUCAAAGACAAUAAAUAUAUGCUGAUUACGAAGCAAUCAGAUUCUGAGUCUGUUAUGGGGAAACUAUUUCCAAUAAAAUCAAUUAUGAAAACUCCAACAAAUGGCCGAUCUGCAGCAGCAUCCAUUAAUCAUGAAAAAUCAGAUGAUACCAAUCAAAAAGAAUCACCAGCAAUUUUGAUUCCACUACCAUGGCUCAAUUCAACAACUACUGAUGAAAACACUUCCGUAAAAAAUGAGAUCAUUGUGAAGAGUAUAACAUUAACAUUCAAUACUCCAGCACAAGCAUCUUUAUUUACUGAUAAGACAUUCAAAUGCUGCCUUGAAACUUAUUUCCGUAAAAACUACAGGGUUAAGCUUAAUAUAGAACACAUGCCUAUAGCCAAUAGUAAAUGUUUAAUUAAAAUUAUCGGAGAACUGAACUAUAUUAAUUCGGCAAAACAAGAAUUGCUAACUAUAAUUUCACUAUGUCGUACAAAAACAUUCAAAGAAACGAUCGAUAGUGGUUGGAUAAAGAUGAUCGAUGCUGUUCGUGUUAUUCAACAUCAAUUGAAUAUAAGCAAAAUAAAAGGCAUUUGUCAACAACAACUACUUCCAGUAUCGAUACUGGUGCACUAUAUCGAUAAAGAACAUGUUGGGUUUGGUGUUGAUGAACAAAUUUUAGAUGUAUUGUGUCGCAAAAAAUUAGUUUUCGCUACAUGUACAUCUAAUGAAUUAGAAAAAGAAUGGUCGACACUUAAAACAAAGAUUUUCGCACGUGAUGAUUAUGGUAAAGAUAUUUGUCUUUCUCAUGAAAAACAAACUAUCAGUCUAUUUGGUUUGCCUGAUGAGGUGAAAACUGUUCAACAAUUAAUUGAAAGCAAAAAAAUGGACACUAUUCAAUCUGCUGUCAAAAAUGAGGCGAGCAGACCAGAAAUAGUAGCUACUCCAAAAGCACGCAUUCCAAAAAUUGAAAAUUAUUCAAAAUCAAGUGAAUCUAAUCUUUAUCCAGGAUGUACUCAAAUAAAAGCUCAAACAGUUCAAAAUUACUCGAUAGACUUUGAUAUAGAUGAACCUGGUUUUGAAAUUCUAGUCAAUCAAGAUUUCCAUCGAUUAUUAGCUAUCGUUGAUUCAAAAUGUAAGCUAGUGAAACAAAUUAUAUCUCAUCGAAUUCAGAUUCAAAUACCAAAAGCCAAGAAACACUAUUUUGAUGAUGGUGCAUCAUGUGGCCUAUCACAAGAGAAUACAUCUGAACCUAUGGAUAAUCCAAGUCAAGAUACUCAGAGCUCUCAAACAAAUUGGUUUCUAAAAUUGUUUCAGUCGAGCAAACCAACGACACAACCACCAAAUUCUCCAUCACCAGUUCAGUCAUUACCAAAUACGAGUAAUAUAUGCAGUGUAGCGAUUGGUAAUUCAAAGAUCAUCGUUUGCACGGGAGAUUUAACAAAACAAGCGGUCGACAUAAUUGUUGUUUGUUCAACAUCAACAAUUCUAUGUAAUGGAAUUAUAUCUGCCGCUGGUUAUCAAGUAAAAGCAAUCUAUGAUCAACAAUCAUGGUGUGGUUUACUAGCAUUUGAAACAGACGGUGGCUAUUUGCCUUGUAAAAAAAUUGUUUUCCGUCCAUGGACUUGUGAUAAGAAUCAACCGCAAAAUUUGAAACAAUCUAUUGGUACAUUUAUUACAUCAGUGAUUGCAUGUGCACGUGAACAUAAUUUGACAACAAUCGCUUUUCCAAGCAUUGGUUGUGGACAAUUGGGUCACGAUCCAAAACUUAUUGCUGAAUACAUGAUUGCUGAAACUUAUCGACAGUUAAACAUUUUAGUUCAUUCUCAAUUUGUUGUUUCAUUCGUUUUACUACCCGAACAACGAAAUGUCUAUGAUGCAUUUUCAGAUCGUUUGAAUCAAUUACAAACUGUUGAAAACAAACCAACCAGUAUUUCUUUCGAUAAGCAAAUUGUGAGAAUUAAAUUGACCGGUACAAACAACAAUCAAUUAAUUGAGUAUCAAAAUAAAAUAAAACAAUUGGCUCAAUCGUCUUCAGUUAAUGCUCAUCUAACUGAUAAAAAUGACAUGUCUGAUUGGCCUCAAGAUGUCAUUCAAAAGUACUAUGACUACUGUUUGCAGAGACGGGUUAUACCGACACUCGAUAUUGAAAAUUCUAUUUUGGAUUUAAAAGGUUCCAAAGAUGCUGUAUUGGAUGCUGAAAAAUAUUUUUUUCAAUUAACUGCUGAAACAUUGAGAAAUGCACGAUUGAGUUUAUUAUCAAGCGGGUUUAUUUGGUCAGUUGAGACAUCACCUGGUAAAUGGGAACCAUAUUCAUACAACAUUAAUGGACUAAUUGAAGAUGCUCAAUUGAAUAAGCGUUCAUAUGUUGAAUUUUUAAACGAAAAAUCUGAACAAUGCCGACUCAUUUUCUCAUGCAUGGAAGAAGAAUAUCAAAAGCGAAAACGAAAAGUACGUCGUAGACGUGUCGAUUCAUCAUUACCCAAUUAUUGGGAUUUGUCCAGUAGUAGUAAUCUACAACGAAUAGUUCUUUCGGAUUCAUCUAAAGAAUAUAAAGAUGCAUUGAACCAAUUUGACAGUACCAUGAAAGGUAUCUAUAUAAAAAUUGUGAAAAUCGAACGUAUUCAAAAUGUACGUUGGUAUAAACAGUAUGCUGCUCAUCGAGAUGACUUUACACAACGUUAUGGUAAAUCUGAGGAACGACGACUGUUCCAUGGCUGUAGUAGCACAUCAGCUGAUAAAAUUGUACAAGAGUGUUUUAAUAGAGCAUUUGCAGGUGUUCAUGGAAAUUUAUAUGGCCAAGGAGUAUAUUUUCAUGAGCAUGCAAAAUAUAGCCACAAUUAUACUAGAUCAGAGAUUUUAAACGAACGAACUAUGUUCUUAGCUCUAGUUUUAAUUGGUAAAGCAAGUAUAGGUAAUCCAUCAAUGAAAGUGCCACCUCAAGGCUUUGAUACAACUAGCGAUGGUAAACAUAUUUUUGUGGUCUAUCAUGAUGCUGGUGCAUAUGGUGAAUAUAUCAUAACGUACAAAUGA